AUGGCACAAUCCAGCCAGCAGUACCACCCAAUUCAUGAUGCUUCUACCCGUCUUCAACUGCCGUCUCCAUUCAAUGAAUCUUAUUCAAUGAUUGUUUUAACCGGUGGAAAAGUUUACGGACUUCCGAAUUCGACCAAUACAACACCAGAAAAUGUUUGCACGCCCCAACGAAAGGACGUGGUUAUCGCAGCCGGAAAAAUACUUGCCAUGAUGGAUCCAUCGAAAACGGUUUCAUUUAUUGAUUCUAUCCGACAUAGUGAGCUGACCAUUCUGCCUAUUUCAGUUGAAGAUCAACUCAUUAUUCCGGGACUCAUCGAUGUUCACGUUCAUGCUAUCGGAGGUGGAGGAGAACAAGGUCCGUAUUCUCGAACUCCUGAAAGUCGUUUAUCUGAAUUGAUAAGAGGCGGAUUGACGACGGUUGUCGGCAUACUUGGAACUGAUGGUGUCACCAGAAGUCUGUCAUCCUUGCUACAAAAAACGAAAGGUCUGGAACGCGAGGGUCUUACAACAUGGAUGUGGACUGGUAGUUAUCGUAUUCCUAUCGUUACACUAACCGGAUCACUGCAACAAGAUUUACUCCUGAUUGAUAAAGUCAUAGGAGCCGGUGAGUUAGCACUCAGUGAUCAUCGAUCGAGUUGGCCAUCGAAAUCUGAUCUUGUACAGCUCCUUAGUGAUGCGCGAGUCGCUGGAAUGCUCAGUGGAAAAUUAGGUGUGAUCCAUUUUCAUCUGGGUUCAGCUCCAACAAAAAUUGAUUUACUUUGGCAAAUUUUAAAUGAAACAACAAUUCCGAUUCAGCAUAUGUAUUUGACUCAUAUGUCAUCGCGAGGAGAUGAUCUGAUUGAAGAAGCCAGAAAAUGGAUCAAAGCUGGUGGUAUGUGCGACUUUACAGCUGAUGUGAACAUUAUCAAUGAAAAUGCAACUGUUAAUACGUUGAAUAAAUUUCGAGCAGAGAAACUACCAUUGAAACAAAUUACAGUAUCAAGUGAUGCUUACGGAUCAUUUCCUAAAUACGACUCCUCCGGUCGUUUAGCAUCUUACGGCAUGAGUCUUCCAGAUACAAUUCUGAGAACAAUACAAACGUUAGUGUUAAAAUAUUCAUGGCCUGUAGAAGAAGCGAUCCAAUUUUCAACAUCGAAUCCAGCGACAUAUCUCAAUUUGACAGGAAAAGGCUUUUUGGCGGAAGGCUAUGAUGCUGAUAUUGUUGUGUUGAAUCAAACAGAUCUGACACCGUUUCCAACAUCACCUCAAUAUUCUCCUCAAAGUCCAGCAUCAUCACCACGUACUCUUCAUGAUGAUGAUUUAAAUGAUAAUGGAGAUCUUAUGGAUUAA